AUGACGAGAAAGAGGUUUCACGGCCUCAAGCGGGUUAAAAUCCGGGCGACAUGGAAUAAAUACAAUCUCUUCAACCUCAGCCGUUUAAAGGCACCCAGGACGAAUUUCAUGACCUACUAUCAACAAAAAUGGUCUGCCAAAUCUAUCACUCGAGCCUAUCAUGGAGAACACAUUCGAGAAGGUCAAUGGGAACGGAUGUUUACGCCUCUUCUAAACUCAGUCAUACCAAUGGAUCAUAGAUACCUGGCAGAGCACGAUGGUUCUGAACAGGCUGCGGGAAGAGGCUCUGGCCUUGAGAAGCCUAUGGACUUGAACAAGAUAGCCUUUGGAAGGAAUCAAGUUCCAUAUAUGCAUAUGACCUACGCACCGAUUGAGAGACGACUCGACACGGCAAUUUUCCGAGCAUUGUUCGCUAGCAGUGUGAGGCAGGCACGGCAAUUCGUCAUUCACGGUCAAGUCAAAGUCAAUGGGAAAAAGAUUCCGUACCCAGGAUACCUUCUCAAUCCAGGAGACAUGUUCCAGGUCGAACCGGAUCGUGUAUUAUUUGCGACAGGUGCACCGAAGAUUAAAGUGAAAGCCCAAGCCGAGAAGCUUCGCUAUGAGCGACGCAUAAGCCGGCAGAGCAAUAUUACUCGCGACGCAGCACUGGCAAGGAGAGCGGAAAGACGGAGAGCAAAGGAGGCGAAGGAGUUGGCAGACGAUACAAUAGAGCUGGCUCCUAGACAACCGAAAUCGGCGCCGAUAGAACUAGGCGACCCAGAAGUGCGCAAGCUUCGACAGAAAGAGUUCCUCAAGCUCAUCAGACAGAUCGAGGACCGUAUCGGCAACAAGAAAGUCCGAAGAACGGGGAAACGCAAGCAGGAACUGAGGGUCCUCUUGCGAAGGGCGAAGGCCAAUGUAAUUUUCAUUGGAAGGAAGUCACUUCAAGAGCUGGACACGGAAAUGAAAGAGAUUACACAAGAGCUCCUCGGCAUAACCGAAGAAGUAGAAUCCGCAGACAAGGCGCCCGUGAAGAGGCUCAAGCCAGAGUCAGAGAUGUCUGAUAAACAGAAAGAAGCUCUAAAAAGGGCCAUCGCUAGGAUUCGAGAGAAUCCAGCCGACACCACGAAACCUUAUGCUACGCCUUGGCGACCGAGACCAUACAUGAGCGCCUUUGCGUUCAUUCCGCGGUACCUGGAGGUCAACCACAACAUCUGUUCAGCUGUGUAUUUGAGGCACCCGGUUGCUAGGCCUGGUUUAGCGGAGGUGCCAACGCCAUUCCCGGCCGAGACACAACAGUUGGCGUUCAAUUGGUAUCUGAGGAGGAGGUAG